AUGUCCUCAUCAAAACUGAACAUUAAGAUCGCCAUCGAUCGUGGUGGCACAUUCACCGAUUGUCUAGGCAUUGUCGAAGGCCGCGAGGAUGAUAUCGUCGUCAAGCUGCUUUCGCAAGACCCAUCCAACUAUUCAGAUGCCCCCAUCGAAGGAAUCCGUCGAAUCCUCGAGCAAGCAACAGGAAAGAGCUUCCCCCGGGACCAGAAACUCACCACAUCAGAUUUUGGCAGUGUCAGUAUCCGCAUGGGAACAACAGUAGCCACGAAUGCCUUGCUGGAGAGAAAAGGAGAGCGCGUGGCGCUGCUGAUCACAAAGGGCUUCAAAGAUGCACUCCGCAUCGGGACCCAAUCGCGUCCCAAGCUCUUCGCCCUGAAUAUCCAACGACCUGAUGUUCUCUACGAGGACGUGGUCGAGGUAGACGAGAGGGUCACCAUCGAGGGAUAUCAACAAAAUCCCCUUCAAGAUAUAGAAGGCCUUGAGGCAGCGUUGCAGACAGACCCGUGCCUAAAGAGGGGAGUCAGUGGAGAGGUCGUCCGCAUUCUGGAGUCGUUGGAUGAGAUCAAGACGAGACAGAGCUUGCAGGCGCUCUACGACGAAGGAUAUCGCUCUAUCGCCGUUUGCCUCGUGCACUCGUAUACCUUCCAGGAGCAUGAAUUGGCGAUCGAGCGAAUUGCCAGUGAGAUUGGUUUCACACAGAUCUCGCUCUCCAGCCAGCUUCUCCCUAUGAUCAAAAUGACAUCGCGAGGCGCUUCAGCGACGGCAGACGCUUAUCUGACCCCGGUUAUCCAGCGAUAUAUUCAAGGAUUCCGAUCCGGUUUCCAGGAUGAGUUACGGUCAACAGACACACGCUGCGAGUUUAUGCAAAGCGACGGAGGCUUGGUUAACUUCCAAAAAUUCACCGGGUUACGGGCAAUCUUGUCAGGCCCUGCAGGUGGUGUUGUAGGCUAUGCAGGCACCUCCUUUGACCCAGAAAACCGGACACCAGUGAUCGGUUUUGACAUGGGUGGCACCAGCACCGACGUCUCGCGGUACGAUGGCAAACUGGAACAUACCUUCGAGAACACCAUUUCAGGCGUAACCGUAAUGGCUCCUCAGCUAGAUAUCAACACAGUUGCUGCAGGGGGCGGCAGCAUUCUGUUCUGGCGCCAUGGACUGUUUGUUGUAGGACCCGAAUCUGCAGGCGCUCACCCUGGUCCAGCUUGUUACCGCAAAGGAGGCCCUUUGACUGUGACGGAUGCCAACCUAUUCCUUGGCCGUCUGCUGCCUGGAUAUUUCCCCAAGAUCUUUGGACCUAAUGAGGAUGAACCGCUCGACAUUGAGGUCACUCGUCGUAAAUUCACGGAAUUAGCGGACCAGAUAAAUGCAGAGACAGGACAUCAGAAGACACCAGAGGAGAUUGCCCUGGGCUUCAUCCAGGUCGCAAACGAAUCUAUGGCGAAGCCCAUCCGGGCCCUGACCGAGGCUCGCGGCUACGACACCUCUGCCCACAACCUGGCCUGCUUUGGAGGAGCGGGUGGACAGCAUGCAUGUGCUAUUGCAUCGUCCCUGUCCAUCAAGACCGUCAUUAUCCAUCGCUAUUCGUCGAUUCUAUCAGCAUACGGCAUGGCUCUCGCCGAUGUGGUGCAUGAAUCCCAGGAGCCUGCCUCCGGAGUCCUUACAGAAACCGCGAUGGAAUCAAUUCAAGACCGUAUCACGGCCCUCAAAGCCAAGGUCACCGAGGCCUUGACCACAGACGGCAUUGAGGAGGCUCGGAUCCAGUACGAGAUCUACCUCAACCUUCGGUACCAGGGCACCGACAAUACGCUCAUGGUGCUCAGACCAGAGAAUGGAGAUUUCGAGGCGGCAUUUAUCCAGGAACAUCAACGCGAGUUUUCAUUUACCUUCCCGGGCCGUAAUAUUUUGGUUGAGGAUAUCCGGGUGCGUGGAGUGGGUAAAGCCAUCUCCGUCCCUCCAGAGGCGCCGCAGCCCGAGCUUCGGUCCUUGAUGAGCUCUGUCGUCAGCACCGAGAAGCAGGAUGACUCUACAGAAGUGCACUUUGCUGGCGUUGGACGCGUCGCCACGCCAGUGUUCUUCCUGGACCACCUGGAACCGGGCAGCUUCAUCCAAGGGCCGGCCAUGAUCAUCGACAAGACGCAGACCAUUGUCGUGGAGCCGAACGCAACAGCCACCAUCCUGUCUCGUCAUGUAAUUCUAAACGUCCAAUCGGUCAAGAAGCAGCAUGACGAUGCCACGGUGGUUGAUCCCAUCAAGCUCUCCAUCUUUGGACAUCGGUUCAUGUCGGUUGCCGACCAGAUGAGCCGGAUGUUCCAGAAGACUUCCGUCUCAACCAACAUCAAAGAGCGACUUGAUUUCUCCUGCGCAGUGUUCUCACCUGAUGGGAAACUUGUUGCGAAUGCACCUAAUGUUCCUGUACAUCUGGGAAGUAUGGAGUACGCUGUCCGGUAUCAGCAUGAACAAUAUGGCAGUGAUUUGAAACCAGGAGAUCAUAUCCUAACCAACCAUCCCCUUGCUGGAGGAACGCAUCUCCCAGACAUUACCAUUAUCACUCCAGUCUGGGAUCAACAUGGCAGCAAGAUAAUCUUUUACGUUGCCUCCCGAGGCCACCAUGCGGAAAUCGGAGGAAUCGCCCCAGGAUCUAUGCCAUCGGACAGCAAGAUGCUAUACGAGGAAGGCGCCAUGACGAUGGGAUUCAAGGUAGUGUCAGAAGGCCGAUUUGACGAGGACAUGGUGCGGAAGUUCCUGUAUGAUGAGCCGGCUUCAUACCCUGGCUGCAGCGGCACUCGCACAUACAAAGACAACGUCUCCGACCUAAAAGCAGCCAUUGCAGCCAACCAUAAGGGUGCACAGUUGUUAGAAAGUCUGGUUCGCGAGAACACUCUCGAGGUAGUCCAUUUCUACAUGGACGCGAUCAAAAAGAAUGCCGAAACCGCGGUGCGCCAAUUACUGAAGACCAUCGGCAAAAAGGCAGCCGGCCAGCCCCUCCGAUUCUCCGAUUUUAUGGAUGACGGUACCGAAAUUCGUCUGGAGAUUCGCAUCGACGCCGAGACCGGGUCAGCCGAGUUCGAUUUCACCGGCACCGGACGCGAGACUUUCAACUGCCUGAACGCCCCCAAAGCGAUUGCCCAUUCGGCAAUCAUCUACAGCCUGCGGGCCCUGAUCGAUGUCGACAUCCCCCUGAACCAAGGAUGUCUAGCCCCGAUCAACGUCAUCAUCCCCUCGGGCACCCUCAUCAACCCCUCCGGAUACGCAGCCGUCUGCGCCGGAAACCCCAUCACCUCGCAACGCAUCACGGAUGUCGUUCUGGGAGCGUUCCAAGCCUGCGCGGCCUCUCAGGGAUGCUGCAACAUCAUCUCGUUCGGCAUGGGCGGGCUUGACGAGAACGGCAACGAUAUUCCGGGCUUUGGUGUUGGCGAGACCAUCUGCGGUGGCUCCGGCGCUGGUUCAACCUGGCAUGGGACUUCUGGAGUCCACGUCCACAUGACCAAUACUCGGAUCACCGAUGCUGAAGUAUACGAGCUGCGGUAUCCGGUUAUCCUGCGGCAGUUCUCCAUCCGCAAGGGGUCCGGCGGUAAGGGGCUCUACCGCGGCGGAGACGGGGUGAUUCGGGAGCUGGAGUUCCGUAUCCCCUUGUCGGCUUCCAUGCUGAGUGAGCGCCGGGUGUAUCGACCGUAUGGAUUGGCGGGUGGUGAGGCAGGCCAGGCGGGGCUGAAUCUGUAUGUGAAGAAGGAAUUGGAUGGGACUGAACGAGUGAUCAAUAUUGGUGGGAAGAUGGAGCUGAAGGUGCAGCCGGGGGAGAGAAUCAUUAUUCACACACCUGGUGGAGGUGGUUGGGGAGCGCCAUCAGAAGAGGACUCUAUACCUAUUAGCAGUGGGAAUAAUCCGGAGUUGAACCGGGUGGGGUUUGAGCCACGGGGGAGCGUUCACAAUUUCAGCGCUACUGCUGAAGCAGCUUUAUAAUCUUGGCCUUGGUGGAGAAUGUAUUGUAGUUUUGCCAGGUUAUGAUGAAUUUUGAAAUUCAAGGGAUACGAG